AUGUCUUCCUUCCAGACCCGCGCCCCGGGCGCCUUUACACGAGCGUACUACAAAUGGCGAGCACUACGACUACCGUGGCGGAAACAGUGGCUCUGCGGUGCAGACUUGGCCGGUAACACAUUUUGGGAGUUCAAGGAUGCCUUGAAUGCGAAUCGAUUACGGCGGAUCGUGAGAUAUACGAGGGCAGGACAUUAUGCCGACAUCAAGAUCUCGCCACAAUGGAGUCAAUGGCUCAAACACACGCGAAAAGACGCUCCAUCCAUCGAAGAACAGCAAUACGACGUCGCCCGGCAAGCACGAAUGAAGCAGCUCGCAGCGGAAGCUGAUGAAAGGUGGAGAAGUGUCCCGUCAUACCUCGAUGCGCCGAACAAGCAGCAGCCGAAACCUGCAACAGAAUUGAAAGAUGCCGGUGGCUACGUGGGCCAGACGGAGACAGAGGAGAAACAGGGUGUCGCCAAUAUGGUCGAGGAUUCUGACAAGCGGGCGAGAAGCAGUGAAGGACAGGAUGUGGACGAGGGGAGCUUGAAGCGCAGAACGAAGGAGAAGAAGCCGAAAGAGAAUCCAUGGCAGAAGCCUGCACAGGGGAAUCCGGGCGAGGACUGGCAGCCAGAGAGCUGGGCGCCGGCGCCUGCGGCCAGGAGAGGUGCAUGA